AGCCUGUGUUGUUUUUGUUCUUAGUUUUUCUAUUUAACGAAGUAAUCAAAAUACAGUAAAAAUUUAGCAAUUUGUCAUGAUUUAAAGCUUUGAAGGCAGCAGGAAGUUUUGGAUAUUUUAUUGGUUUGUACACAUAUGUCACAGAACAUUGUGUAGAUAAACAAUGAAUAAUUGGGUUCAAUUGAGUGAUAAGUUUUAGCUGAUGGGAAAUGACACAUGAAGUGAUGUGUUCAAAUGAAAGUGUUUGCCGGAGUAGUGUUAAAUAGUUGAAUUUAUGAUUGAUGUUGAAGUAUGCGGUUUAAUGCACAAAUAUUAACAGCGUACAAUUAGAAUAAUAUACACAUAAUUUAUAUGAAAUUGAUUUCGAAAGCACAAAAGAGGAAAUACUUGGGUUACAAGUUGUCAACACAAGAAAACAGUAACUCAACACUAACUUAUUAUUUGCUCCAUCCAAAGAUAUACCUAUAUAAGUUCCAAAAUUUUGUUUGCUUCGUUAUUAUUUGGUGUGGUUGUAAUCAUAGCUGUUGUCCUAUUAGAAAUUUAUACGUGGACAACUGAUGUGACUACAUACAAUUCCAUGGCACAUUUUACUUGGUAUAAUAAACACAACCUGCCUCAAUCUAAUGUGAAUCGUGCGGAUACCGAACAUCAUGUACCGCUCUGUUCCAUUACUGAUGUUCAGUUAAGAUUUUUGGUUCCAGAUGAUUUGACCGAGGUGAGAACAUUAUGCCAAGAUUGGUUUCCCAUUGAUUAUCCGUUAUCAUGGUACGAAGACAUUACAUCCAGUUCGCGUUUCUUCGCGCUAGCGGCUGUCUACAAUCUGGCUAUAAUAGGAUUAAUAGUUGCCGAAAUCAAACCAUACAGAAAUCUUAACAAAGAGGAUAAAGGGAUUUUACCGGAUUCCAUGGGCCGUAAUGCUGACAUUGGUUACAUACUAUCAUUGGGUGUGCAUCGAAAACAUCGACGAAAUGGGAUUGGGUCAUUACUGUUGGACUCCUUACUAAAUCAUUUGACGACCGCUGAACGUCAUUCGGUGAAAGCGAUAUUUCUACAUGUGCUAACCACAAACCAACCUGCCAUACAAUUUUAUGAAAAAAGAAGAUUUCAUUUGCAUUCCUUCCUUCCCUAUUAUUAUAACAUUCGCGGCAAAGGGAAAGAUGGUUUUACAUAUGUCACUUACAUCAAUGGAGGUCAUCAACCGUGGACAUUAUUAGACCACAUCAAGCACUAUGUAUCGAAGUUACAGCAUGCUGGUGCAGUUUUCACAUGGAUUUCGACGCGUUUGAGGCAAGUUGUACGUUGGAUUUGUCAUAAAACCGUGUCUCGUUUUAAUUUUGCACAUUAAGUUCAAGAGUUUCACAGAAGCACCGAGUGGUAUAUUCGAAGGAAAGAAAAAAAAUCCAAAUCUGUAGAUAUAUAAGUGUAUUUAGCACCGUGCUAGAGAAAUUUCAAAUAGGAAAAUAGUUUGUUUUUAGUUAUUAUAUAUGAAUGAUGAUGAGAGAUUUUUUAAAGAAAUAUGCAAACAUAAUCAUGGUUAAAUUGUUGACUGCGUCCAUACACACAUACAUACAUAUAGGCAUAUUGAAUUGCAUGGAAACUAAUUUUAAAGUAUGUAUAUUAAUUAUAAGUAUUUAAAUUUUAUAAAGGGGUUCCAACAAACCUAUGUAUGGAUCCACGGACACAAUCACUUCAGAUAAUAUUAACCAAUAUCAUUUGGCCCUUCACAUAUUUUAUAUGUCUAAACGUUUCGUUUAUGUUCGAUUUAAAAUUUAAAAACAAAUUUCUUUUAAAAUUUAACAAAAAACCAUAUAUGUAUUCCAACCCCAAAUAAUUUAGGAAAAGUAUUUUUGAUUACCACACACAAUUGUAGUCAGUUUAAAUAUUUUAUUUUGCUUUUUUUUUUUGAGUUUUCGUUUUUAGUAACAAUGUUUUGUGUAAAUACCCUAGAUUUUAUUAUUGUUAAUUUUUUAUAUAAACCGAUAGUAUAGUCUCUCUGUUAUAUAGUAUAAUUUUAUUCAGUUUCAGGUCAUAAAGUACAAUAGCCGAGCAUCAAUAAAGACAGUAUAAAAUAAAAAACAUGCUGUCAGUUUUAAGAAAUACGACAGAGUAAAAAAACUAAAUACUAAACUCAAAUAAAAGCUUACAAAGCAUAUGUAUGCCAUCAAA